AUGAGUAGUAAGCCCUGCACAUGGGGGCACUCCUCCCUCCCCGACACAAGUUCCUCACACACGUUAGCCUCCAUUCCUCCCCCUAAGAAUCACUUAAAUGCAAAGGUAAACAAGAUUAAUCUCUCCGAGAUGUAUUUCAAUUUCCCUCUUCAUCGAGCUGCCUCAUCCGAGCGGCUUCACACUGUCUUUUCCCCCCCGCGACCUCGCCGAGACCUCGUGGAAACCUCAAAUCCACGGCUCUCUAUCGUUUCGACAGAAUUUCACUGUUCCUCUGAGAACCUGGUCAAGCAAGUCAGUCUAGUACAGGGCGACGAAAAAGGUCAGAUGUGGCCUGCAGCCGACGGCGAUGUCGCGCCAUCGAGGGGCGAAAGCAACAGUUGCCGCACAGCAUCGCACUCGUCCUCCACCGCCGCUUCCGAGCCGACGGAAAGUGGCGAUGAUGAGGACAUUCUCGGGCUCAUCAGCUCUUCUCUCGAUCGCUUCAACGCACAACUUCAUCACAACUCUCAAGUUAGCAUUCCCAUUCCUAUCAAUCACCAUGGCAAUCGCGCUGAUACUCCGUCCAACGAUAUCAGUGGUGGAAUUUCUUCCAGUAUUUCGAAUUCGGUGAUGCCUUCGUGGGCGUCUUUCGCCGUUACUGCUACCAGUAAUACCCACCAUCAACAAAGUAAUCAAGGUCGAGAGAUCCCUGGGAGCCUCGCCUAUUCGGGACUUUCAUUGGCCUCCUCCACCAAUCCGACGGGCCUCUUUUGCGGCUCCUCCGGCGCCUCAUUGUCGUUCCUCCAACGGACCUCCAUGCCGAGUCCUCCCGGACUUCCCACGCUUUCUCACCAGCAGCAGCCCUCCAAUGGCAAUAACUCCGAGCGCAAACAGCACAGCCUUUCGCAAACCUUCCCUGACUCCAACGAGACUUCGUCUCUGGAGAACAAUUCCAAGGACAUGCAAAAGCUUGAAUUUGCAAGAUUUGUGAUGGGACACGAGAACAACCUUCUCAUUGGCGUUUUCAUGAUGGAGGCAGAUAGUGUUCCUCAUUACCGAAACGUCCGACUACAACCUCAAGGUAUGCUGAGCGUGGAUUCGGGGAUUGGUGGGGAGACCUUCUUACCGCCCAAAUGGUUCGUCACCACCAACUCCACAUAUUCCUCCUCCAACUCCACGGGUGAUUGUACCCAACUCACAUCCACCACCAGCUUCAGUCCGGUGGAGGCCUUACCUCCACAGUCUGUCGUUGCCAGCAGCACCUACGAUUUCUCCAGUCCCACCCUUCUUGAUGCUGCGAUCAAACAGGUGGCGGUGGCAGCGGUAGCAGCAGCCGUGACUGCUCCAGCUUCCUCUGACGCCACGAAAGGGGGACCGUCGGACCACGGUGCUGCAUCCGGACUGCUUCCCUUACUCUGGCCGCCCUCCUGGCCCAACACCGCCGAUUGCAGUCCAUCUACAGAAACACCUCAAUUGCAUUUUCGUCCAGGCGACAAUCAGCAUCAGCUAGCCCUCACAUCACGUUUUGAGACUGCUCUCCGGCAGCAGCAGCAGCAGCAGCAAUCUCGACAGGUCUGCAACCGCCGCAAAGCCGAGUCCAUUUGCUUUUCUUCCGCGGCGUGCCUCAACUCGGCGCUUCUGCCAUCCAACAAUGCUCUGAAGUCGCACCAGCUGGCUCUUAACGUCGGACAAUUGGGCUCUCCACCACCACCCUCCCUGCCCAUUGAUCUUUGUCAACCGCUCUCCAAGUCACACGUCAACACACCGCAGAAAUUUUCCAGAGACCUACAGCAACAACGUGUAGUGGGCUCCUUCAACAAAUCGUGCAAUGGUGUGCUAGGGGCUCCGAAGGUGGUGGGUCCACGAGGGGGAGGUUCGUGUCGCUUGAAGAGGACGGAGGCCACACCUUCCUUCUCCUCGUCGUCGUCCACAUCUUCCUCGGAGAUUUCCUCGGAUAAGCCUGUAAUCGCCAAGUGGCGACGCGCCUGCAGCUUCUACCUGCGUGGUCACUGCAAGAAGGAGGACUGCGAGUUUGCUCACGACCUCACCAAAGUCACAUGUAAGUUCUGGGAGGUUGGAGAGUGUUUCAAGGGUCUCACUUGCCCCUUCCUCCACGGCUAUCCGCCUGAAUUGCUUCUGGAAGUUCGAGAACGGCAGCAGCAGGAACAACAGCAGCUACACCAACAGGAAGCAGAGCGGCUUGCAGGCAAAUUGUAG